CCACGUGGUUGGAGGUUUCCAGAAUCGUUAGCACCACUGCUCCGCGCAACUCCUGGCCCUACGAGCGCCUGUUUGUUGCCUCGUACUUCCACCAUUUAGCAGCCAUGAUAAGCGCGAGCCGAGCCGCAGCAGCCCGUCUCGUUGGCGCCGCAGCCUCCCGGGGCCCCACGGCCGCCCGCCACCAGGAUGGCUGGAAUGGCCUUAGUCAUGAGGCAUUUAGAGUUGUUUCAAGGCGGGACUAUGCAUCAGAAGCAAUCAAGGGAGCAGUUGUUGGUAUUGAUUUGGGUACUACCAACUCCUGUGUGGCAGUUAUGGAAGGUAAACAAGCAAAGGUGCUAGAGAAUGCUGAAGGUGCCAGAACCACCCCUUCAGUUGUGGCCUUUACGGCAGAUGGUGAGCGACUUGUUGGCAUGCCAGCCAAGCGACAGGCUGUCACCAACCCAAACAACACUUUCUAUGCUACCAAGCGUCUUAUUGGCCGGCGAUAUGAUGACCCUGAAGUACAGAAGGACAUUAAAAAUGUUCCUUUUAAAAUUGUCCGUGCCUCUAAUGGUGAUGCCUGGGUUGAAGCUCAUGGAAAACUCUAUUCCCCAAGUCAGAUUGGAGCAUUUGUGUUGAUGAAGAUGAAAGAGACUGCAGAAAAUUACUUGGGGCAUACAGCAAAAAAUGCUGUGAUCACAGUUCCAGCUUAUUUCAAUGACUCUCAGAGACAGGCCACUAAGGAUGCUGGCCAGAUAUCUGGACUGAAUGUGCUUCGGGUAAUAAAUGAACCCACAGCUGCUGCUUUGGCCUAUGGUCUGGACAAAUCAGAAGACAAAAUCAUUGCUGUAUAUGAUCUAGGUGGUGGAACUUUUGAUAUUUCCAUACUGGAAAUUCAAAAAGGAGUAUUUGAGGUGAAGUCCACCAACGGAGACACUUUCUUAGGUGGUGAAGACUUUGACCAGGCCUUGCUACGUCACAUUGUAAAGGAGUUCAAAAGAGAGACAGGGGUUGAUUUGACCAAAGAUAACAUGGCCCUUCAGAGGGUUCGGGAAGCCGCUGAGAAGGCCAAGUGUGAACUCUCUUCAUCUGUGCAGACUGACAUUAACUUGCCAUACCUUACAAUGGAUGCUUCUGGACCCAAACAUUUGAAUAUGAAGCUGACCCGGGCGCAGUUUGAGGGGAUUGUAACUGAUCUAAUUAAAAGGACCAUUGCCCCAUGCCAGAAAGCCAUGCAAGAUGCAGAAGUCAGCAAGAGUGAUAUAGGAGAAGUAAUUCUUGUUGGUGGCAUGACUAGGAUGCCCAAGGUUCAGCAGACUGUGCAGGAUCUCUUUGGCCGAGCCCCAAGUAAAGCUGUCAAUCCUGAUGAGGCUGUGGCCAUUGGAGCAGCCAUUCAGGGAGGAGUGCUGGCUGGUGAUGUCACAGAUGUGCUGCUCCUAGAUGUCACUCCCCUGUCUCUGGGUAUUGAGACUCUGGGAGGUGUCUUCACCAAACUUAUUAACAGGAACACCACUAUUCCAACUAAGAAGAGCCAGGUGUUUUCUACAGCUGCUGAUGGACAGACUCAAGUGGAGAUUAAAGUGUGUCAGGGUGAGAGAGAGAUGGCUGGAGACAACAAACUUCUUGGACAGUUUACUUUGAUUGGAAUUCCUCCAGCCCCUCGUGGAGUCCCUCAGAUUGAAGUUACAUUUGACAUUGAUGCCAAUGGGAUUGUGCAUGUUUCUGCCAAAGAUAAGGGUACAGGACGCGAGCAGCAGAUUGUGAUCCAGUCUUCUGGUGGUUUAAGCAAAGAUGAUAUUGAAAAUAUGGUUAAAAAUGCAGAGAAGUAUGCUGAGGAAGACCGGCGAAAGAAGGAACGAGUUGAAGCAGUUAAUAUGGCUGAAGGAAUCAUUCAUGACACAGAAACCAAGAUGGAAGAAUUCAAGGACCAAUUGCCUGCUGAUGAGUGCAACAAGCUAAAAGAAGAGAUUUCCAAAAUGAGGGAACUCCUGGCUCGAAAAGAUAGUGAAACAGGAGAAAACAUAAGGCAGGCAGCAUCUUCCCUUCAGCAAGCGUCACUGAAACUCUUUGAAAUGGCAUACAAAAAGAUGGCAUCUGAGCGAGAAGGCUCUGGAAGUUCUGGCACUGGGGAACAAAAGGAAAAUCAAAAGGAGGAGAAACAGUAACAGCAGUAAACUUUGGAGUUGAACAACAUGUUAUGCUUGGGAGUGAAGGGAUUUCCUGAGCAGAAAUGGGCAAACUUCAGACUUUUACUGUGUUUUUGCAGUAUUCUAUAUAUAAUUUCCUUAAUAUGUAAAUUUAGUGACCAUUAGUGAUCAUUUAAUGAGUGACAAUCCCAACAGUACAAAGUUCACAGUGUUCUGUUCCUAGCCUGUCACUAUUUUUCAGCUGCAUGUAAAUGGAGGGGAAGAUGAUUUACUGAUCAUUAGAAAGAUUUAACCUUGUUCUGUGCUGAAGUAGCCAUAUUUUCAAGGGGUGAAACCAUCUCACACACAAUGAAGGUAGUCAGGCAUAGACCUGGAAUGAGACCACAGUGGGAUGGGAUCCAUCUAGUUAGCUGAGUACUACUGUACCAGCCUGUGUGUAUAAGGGAUUCUUCAGCUGAGUCCCUGCAAGGCAAGUCAGCUGUGCCAUGUUGGGAGGUAGGGCAGGGGAAGCUAGAUUAAUGGAAAACUAAACUAGCUGCUAUUUAUGUUAGGUCUAGCUUUUAAAACAAAAGGCUCCAAAACUUUCCUGUGGCAUACUUUUCUAGCUACCCUUUGGCCUAUGUCUGGUAUCUGUAUCCUUGAUUAUUGUUCUUUUUGAUCCAUUCUGGAUUUUUUUAAAAAUAAAUAAAUAUGAAAAGCA